AUGACUCAGUCCAUGGCCUUGGCGGGCCCAUCGCUCGCGCAUGAUCAUGCAGACGAAGAUGAAGCAGUGAUGCUACCUUCACCGGAACCAUCUGAGGCCUCCAGCUCUCAACGGGCCAGUCAGCAGCAGGACGACUCUCAGCCACCAGCUGCGCAACAGAAGAAGGACAAGCGGAAGUCGAUGUUGAAUUGGUUCUCUAGACUUAGCUUCGUGAAACGCGACGAGUCGCCACUGUCCGUAUCUGGUCCGGAGCACCCUACUGAGGAUGUCGUUGGCAUGGAGCCACCUGCCUCCCAUAACAAGGCAGGCAAACGCAGAUCGGUUGCAAACAUGCUUUCAGUCACACGAAGCUCACCCAAAGCACCCGCACACCCCAGCACACCGAAUUGCCACGUCCAAUUUACUGACCUGGUCUCACCCAAGCGAUUCUCCAAGCGUCAGUCCGUGACCGACCUUCUCUUCUUCCGCUCCCAUCCCUCAGACAAAGGCAGCAACGCCAAUAGCUACAACAACGACAACGAUAACGGCGAAGGUCCAAGCUGCCACUCAAUCGGCUUCCCAUACUCCCAACAAACCCGGAACAACAUCCUAGACGAAGAGGGCAAACUCCCAGAGCCCGAACUCGGCCCGCGAAACUUCAGGCUCGACAUCCGAUCCAGUAUGCUCGCCAUGGCCGAAGCUCACAGGAAUGACCCAGCCGAGAGUCGCGUCACGCGCAAUGUCGCGCUGGCGUUGUCACGCGCGGCUACCAUCCGCCAAGCCGGCAUGGCCGCCAGGGGCAACGGCCAACAGCCAAAGCGGUACACUAAUCACCUGGACAAUGUGAAGCGUCACUAUCUCGCGCGUGAAUCGUCGCGCCCCGAGCUGCCUCCGUCAGGCAGUGCAGGUAGAGAUGUCACGGCUACAGGUGGCAGGGAGCUAAGGAGGGUUCGUCUUAACUCGGGAAGACUGGUGUGGUUGCCGAACGUACAGCCUGAUCAGAUGGGUGGACUGGGUAUGCCGACCGACCACGUGGAGAACGUGGUCGAUGAGGCGCGUGAGCUGGAGAGAGCUGAUGCACUUAGGAACUUGCUGUUGGCGAAGAUGGAGAGGGACCGGAGAUAUGGGGAGAACGGUGAGAAUGGUGGGAACGAUGAGAAUGGUGGGAACGAUGAGCAUGGUGGAAACGAUGAGAAUGGUGGGAACGAUGAGAAUGGUGAGGAUCACGGCGGUCCAAAUGGUGCGAUGUGA